AUGGCAUCCACCAAGAAGAUUGAAGACAAUGACAAAGAGGAGGUGGAUGACCUUGCAAAGCAGCUGCUCAAGCUCCAAGUGGGUGGGACGCCGGAACGGAGUGAGGCUGAGCAGUUAAAAGAGCUAGGCAAUCUCCUGAACCGCCCGGUGCGAGAGCUGGCCGGCUGGUGGUCACUGUGCAAACAGACGGGCUACUGUUUGCACUGCUCGAGGUGUUACAUUAUUGAGUUCCUUUCUUUAAAGGAAAUCGCCAAAUUUGAUUCCUUGUGGCAUGAUGAUUUUGAAUGCCGCUGCGAGAUGGAUAAUUAG